AUGUCAUUUUCUGUUGAACAAUUUAUUUCAAGGUUGAAUAAUUUGGAGGAUUCUCAGGAAUCUAUUGCAAGUGCCUCGAAAUGGUUACUCUCGCAGCAUCGUGAAGCUUCAAAAAUUGCGGAAACCUGGAGGGAUUAUAUGUUGAGGAGCAGUAUCAAUACUAGGAGGAAGCUUUUGGGUAUUUAUCUUUUGAAUCAUGUAGUGCAAGAAGCUAAACGGAAAAAGAUAAAACAAUUCCAAGAUGCAUUUGGUGAGGCUUGUGUUCAAGUUUAUGCAAAGAUAUAUCUAUCAUUGCCAAGUGAUAUCAAGAAGAAAGUUAAAAGAGUCUUUGGGAUAUGGAAAGAAAGAAAUAUUUUGAGUAAAGAUGUUCUAAAUAAAAUUCAAAAUAUUUUCGAUCAAACUUCUUCAGACAAUGAAUCUGUAAAUAUCCCACCGAAAUUAAAAGAUUUGGUAAAGAAACAGAAUGAACUUAUCAAGAUUCAUCAAACUGUCGUUGCCUCUAAGUUGAGAUUCGACGAAGCCUUGAAGUCCUUGGAUCCUUCAAGUCUUGUUUAUAAUGAGGAUUAUAAAUCGAUAAUGAAAAUUGGCCAGACUGCAAAAGGUGUCACAAAUCAAUCGAUUGAAAUUAGAAAGUCAAAUAUUGAGGUCCUGAAAUUCUUACUAAAUGAAGAAACUAGAUUAUUGGAACAAAAUGAAAAUAUUAUUGGAGAGAUCGACAUGGCAUUAACUUCAAAUCAUCCUACAAACGUAGGUCAGUCUAAUGUCGAUGGUAAUAACGAUGAUAUUUUACCGACUUAUGAUGUCAGUGACGACGAUGACGACGAAGAUGAUGAUGAUGAUGAAGAUGACAAUGAUGGUGACGACAAUAAUAAAAACAACAAGAAUAAUAAUAAUAAUAAUAUUAAUAAUAAUAACAGUAAUGACAAUGAUAACGACGAUAUAAAAAACGACGAUGUGUUUUUGAAAUCAAAUAAAAAUGUAGUUCACGAUGAAGAUUCGGAAAUUGCAAACAUAGGAGAAACUCAACAGAUUCUAGAACUAUUGACAAAUAAAAGAAGUGCUGACCAAAUAGAGACUGGAACUUCGGAUGUUGAAUGCAACAGUAAUAAAAAAUAUAAAAGUAAUGAUAUCACUAGUGAUGAUAAAGAAAGUAGCAGUGGUGAAGUUGAGGAAUAUGAACCUACUUCCACAGCAGCUACAAAUGAUGGAAAUGAAGGUGCUAGUAAUUUUGUAACAUCUAAUAUUCAAGAUUUAUUAAGCAAAUUAGCGAAUUAG